AUGCCGGCACCUCAUGGUGGACGUUUGCUCACACAGGAAAUGGUCGUCGCAGCAAAAAGGGCUCAAGCAGACCCACUAGGAGACAGGGCGAUGCACAAAGUUGCCAGAACAGCCGUGGCUGUAAACAAUGCGCGUGCAGCUUUCUUGAGGCUUCGGAAAGAUGAUUUGCGCAGUGAGAUGGUUCCCUUAGAAGAGCCCUGGAAGCUGCUGAAAAGCCUUGGCAGCUUCAAGGACAAUGAGCUCAGAAGCAUCUUUGAUGCUGUGGGCGUUGUGGAUGGCUGUGUAUCCAUGGAGGACCUCUUCGACUGGAUGCAAGAUGACGAUACGCCCCUCGCUGCACGGGUGAAGGCGGCCUUGAUGCCUGGUUCAGAUGAGAAUCCUGAGACGAUCCUCUACAGCUUUUGUGUGCCAGGUAGUUUGGAGUGGGAUGGCAAGUCCUUCUUGAAGCUGUGCAAAGACACUGGCAUCAUCGACAGCUCCUUCACGGCCGUGGAUGCGGAUCUCACCUUUGCCAAGGUGUUGAAGAAGGGCCAGAGACGGCUCAGUCUCCCACAGUUGCAUGAGGCGCUUACAGCUGUGGCAGCCAAGAAGGGCGUGGAGCGUGCCGAGCUGCUGGCGGAGGUCGCCGCGGCCCAGGGUCCGAAGCUCACGGGCACCAAGGUUGUGCCCCUGCGGCUGUACGAGAAGCCUGGUCCCAUGGUGCGCAAGAGCUCCACUGUGUCGAGCUCCUCAGGCCCGAUCUCCGCAAGGAGUGGACAGCACAGGAUUUUGACCUCUGCAGCACAGGCAGUGGUCGCAGCAACACCAUCCUUGAAGCAGGAUGGCACCAGCUCGUACCAAGAGGUCUUCCAGGCUUUUUGCGGUCCACGAAAUGCCAUGGAUGGUGCUGCAUUCUCCAAGCUUUGCAAGGACUGCCGCUUACUGGACCGGAGGUUCAGCCCAGCUGAUGCAGAUUUGAUCUUCACAAAGGUGUGCCCUCGUGGGCAUCGGCGUAUUGGCCUGGAGCAGUUUGAAGAGGCUGUUUGGCUGAUCGGCCGAAAGCGAGGUCUUGAGUAUGGAUCUUUGCUGGAGUCGAUUGCCAACUCUGCAGGCCCCCUGCUCAAGGCCACACAGACACAGGCAGAGGUGACGAAGUUUCAUUCGCAUGGCGGCUCCUGACAACGCACAGCCGCAGAAAAGGAGCAGGCCACUGCACACCCAGGGGUGAGCAUUGUUGAACUAGGUGUGUGUCGCUG